AUGGCCAUGGCAGACAUGCUGGUGGAAGGAGUUGCUCAUAACCAAGUGCUAUCAUUCAUGGAUGGCAAUGCAGGAUACAAUCAGAUAAUGGUGGCAGAAGAAGACAUCCACAAGACAGCCUUCAUGUGUCCAAGGCAUAUAGGCAUUUUUGAAUACACUGUAAUGCCUUUUGGCUUGAGAAAUGCAGGAGCCACUUAUCAAAGAGCAAUGAAUUAUGUUUUCCAUGACAUGACAGGUCAUUCCCUAGAAGUAUACAUAGAUGAUGUGGUGAUUAAAUCUCCAGAAAAAGGAGAUCAUGUAUCAAAUCUAAAAAAGGCUUCCCCAAGAAUGAGACAACACAAGUUGAAAAUGAAUCCCAAGAAGUGCAAUUUUGGGGUUCAAGUUGACAAUUUCUUAGGUUUCUUGGUCCACCAAAGAGGAAUAGAAAUCAACAAGAACAAAGCAAAAUCUAUCGUGGAAGCUUUACCACCUCGGAAUAAGAAAGAAUUAUAG